CGCAGCUGCAGCCAUGAGCGUUCCCCAGCCACAACACUACGUCCCGGCCGACGCCGCCGCCAGUGCCGAGGGAGUUUCCCACAACCUCAACCUAUACGGUGGGCGCAAGGCGCCGCUGUCCCUUAACAUCCUCCUCGUCGGGUGCGGGCUCGGCGGGCUCGCAGCCGCGCACUGUCUCAGCCAGGCGGGGCACAGGGUCACCGUAUUCGAGAGCGCGCCGGCGAUCGGCGAGGUCGGCGCCGGCAUCCAGGUCACGCCCAACGUCAGCCGCCUGCUCAUCCGCUGGGGCCUCGGCGAGCAGCUGAGCAAGAUCGCGGUGAAGCCGGAGGCCAUCGUGUUCAGGCGGUAUAGCACGGGCGAGAGGGUCGGCUAUGCGCGGUGGGGAGACAAGAUCGAGAAGGAGUACGGCGCGCCGUACGUGCAUAUCCACAGAGCUGACUUCCACAAGCUCCUCUUCGACCUCGCGAAGGAUCAAGUUGAGCUAAAGUUGAACUCGACUGUCACGCAUAUCGAGCCUGGCCCUGACUCCGUUUCGAUAACAUUGCAUACUGGGGAGAAGUUUACCGGCGACCUCCUAGUCGGCGCAGAUGGCGUGAAGAGUCUCAUCCGCACGGUGGUUCUCGGCAAGACGACGAAUGCGGAGCCCACGGGGGACGCUGCGUAUCGAGCAGUUAUCCCCACCGAACUUAUGGAGAAGGAUCCGGACUUGAAGCCGUUUGUGGACACGCCGGAGAUGACGGGCUGGAUGGCGCCCGGGAGACAUCUCAUGGCAUACAAUAUUCGAGCAAAGAAGCUCUUUAAUCUUGUGCUCUUGCAUCCAGAUGAUGGAUCAGUGGAGUCUUGGACAGCAGAGGGGAGCGCAGACAAGAUGCGGGCCGACUUCGCCGACUUUGAGCCUCGAGUACGGAAACUACUCAACUUUGUCUCUUCCACUCUGAAAUGGCGUCUGAUGGACCGGCGACCGCUCGACAACUGGGUGCACGAGUCCGGACGCAUCGUCCUGCUAGGUGACGCAUGCCAUCCCAUGCUUCCUUACCGUGCCCAAGGCGCCGCGAUGGCGAUCGAGGACGCCGCCGUCCUCGGCAACCUCUUCUCGCGCGUCUCGCACCAAUCCCAGAUCAAGCCGCUCCUGCACGCGUACAUGUCCCUGCGUCUGCCGCGCACGGCGGACACGCAGAACCAGUCGCGGCUGAACCAGCACAUCUUCCACCUGCCCGACGGGCCCGAGCAGGAGAAGCGCGACGAGGCGAUGAAGCAGGCGAUGCGCGCCGAGCUCAAGGCCGUGCUGUCGUCGAACGACCCCGAGGAGAUAAAGACCGCGGACGUGUGGGGCCGCGAGCCGGAGGAGGUGCGCAGGCAGAUCGAGCGGGAGUUGCAGGAUUUCAAGGACGACGAUGCGAACCACGAGGGGAACCCGAACCAGUGGGCGGACCGCAAGAAGAGCGAGGUGCAGUUCGGGUACGACGCGGACCGCGAGGCGGAGCGGUGGUGGGAGGAGGUCGGGCGCGGCCUGUUCGAGCAGGAGGAGAAGGCGAUGAGUAAGUUGUGAUCUGCUGCUGCGUGGGUGUGCUGAGCGGCGGUUAGGUUGAUCUGGGCAUGGGGGGUGGUGCGUGGAAUGUAUUUUUACUUGUAGCAUUUUGAUUAUUGGACGCGUUGAGAUUGCGUUCGUUGUUGUAGGUGUACAAACUAUUUGACGGAUAGAGUCUACUCACACCCACGCCUUCUGAUCGUCAUCCCGCUGCGAUCGGACCUAUACCGUAU